AUGCCCACCACCUACAGUUUUUCACCACCUCGCAGUGAUUCAUUGAGCUACCCAUGGUUUAAUCCAAUGAUGAGGUCAGAGCCCUCAUACAAUCACUUCCCAAAAGUGCCUCCUCUUGAUGAGGGCCACAACCAAGUUAAGAUGGCGCCUGGCAGUAUGCUAGAAGGAGUGGUUUCUGAGCCAACGCCAGUACAGUACUACUUCCUUGGAGACAAGAACAGCAACUAUGACCUCAGCAAGAAGGAAUCACUGGUUAUAUAUGGUCAAGAAUCAUGCCCCUGUGAUCCCCAGAGCUCCACCCUCUACAGGAUGGUAGAAACUCCACAUUCCAACUCCACCUUCCUAUAUCCAACCUUUUUCUUGCUGACUGGUAUUCCAGGGUUAGGGGGAGCCCAAACCUGGCUGACAAUGGUAUUUGGGCCCAUGUACCUGCUGGCCCUGCUGGGUAAUGGAGCACUGCUGGCAGUGAUACAGAUAGACUCCACACUGCACCAGCCCAUGUUUUUACUCCUGGCCACACUGGCAGCCACAGACCUGGGCUUAGCUACAUCCAUAGCCCCCGGUUUGCUGGCUGUGCUGUGGUUUGGGCCCCAACCUGUGCCAUACACUGCCUGCCUGGUUCAGAUGUUCUUUGUACAUGCACUGACUGCUGUGGAAUCUGGUGUACUUUUGGCUAUGGCCUGUGAUCGAGCUGUGGCAGUAGGGCGCCCACUGCACUACUCUAUCUUAGUCACCAAAGCCCGUGUGGGUUAUGCAGCCUUGGCACUUGUACUGAAAGCUGUAGCUAUUGUUGUGCCUUUCCCUCUGCUGGUGGCACAAUUUGAGCACUUCCAUGCCAAGACCAUACACCAUGCCUACUGUGCACACAUGGCAGUAGUAGAGUUGGUGGUAGGUAACACACGAGUCAACAACCUGUAUGGGCUGGCACUUUCACUGGCUGUGUCAGGUGUGGAUAUUCUAGGCAUCUCUGGUUCCUAUGGGCUCAUUGCCCACACGGUGCUGCGGCUGCCUACUCGGGAAGCCCGUGCCAAGGCCUUUGGUACAUGUAGUUCUCACAUCUGUGUCAUUCUGGCCUUCUAUGUGCCUGGUCUUUUUUCCUAUCUCACACAUCGCUUUGGUCAUCACACUGUCCCAAAGCCUGUGCACAUCCUUUUCUCCAACAUCUACUUGCUGCUGCCACCUGCCCUAAAUCCCCUCAUCUAUGGAGCCCGCACCAAACAGAUCAGGGACCGACUCCUUGAAACUUUUGCAUUCAAGAAAAGACAGUUUUAG